UCUUGCGUCAUUUUACAUGAAGCCCCAUUAGCUCUACAUUCGGAAAGAAGUUAUUUUGUGGCGUUUCACAGUUUUACUGUAACGUCCUUGCCAAGAAAAUAACAGUUUCGUCUAGAAAAGAUGGUGUGCGAUAAAUGCCAAAAGAAACUUGGAAAAGUGAUUUGUCCUGAUCCAUGGAAAUCUGGAGCAAGGAAUACAACAGAAGGUGGAGGAAGGAAGGUGAAUGAAAACAAGCUUUUAACACAGAAAAAGAACAGGUUUAACCCAUAUUCUACCUUCAAUAAGUGUAAAAUCUGCAAGCAGACUGUUCACCAGGCUCACUCGCACUACUGUCAAGGCUGUGCAUACAAGAAAGGUAUCUGUGCAAUGUGUGGAAAACAAGUUUUGGACACGUCAAACUACAGGCAGACUUCAGUUUAAUGUUCAACGUGUUGCACAACUCUUUUGUUAAUUUUGCUAAAUAUGUAUUUUUAAACUCUAAAAUGUACACAAUGUAUAUUUCAUUUCACAAUAACGCAUGGUAACAUUUGUAUAAACACAGUUAUUCAAUAGUUGCAGAGAUGCCAAGUACACUCAUUUUAGAGAGAUUCACAAGGUAUACCCUCUUUUGUAGAGUUCUAAAUAUCGAGUGUCUGAGAGGAGGAUAUUGUUUAAUAAUCAGUCAGCAGUACAAGUUACUUGGAUUUUAUUAUGUGCAUUUAAUUUUGCUUCAUGUAUGAAAGGCAAGCAAUACGCAGCAUUUCAAUCUAUGUUUAUGAAAUACUGCUUUACUCCUCACUAAAGUUUGCUUUUGUUUGAACUGUUUUGGAAAUGUAUCAAAUGAAUUUAAAGUAGACAAUCUGAGAGACAUGAAACUCUCUUACAAAUACAACAAGGAAUGUAUGGUUUCAGGCCAAGAAUAGACACUUGUAUAUUGACAUCAGGGCUUCAAGAACUAAAUAUCAUCAAAUACUCGCACUUUGAUAAUUUUAUUAUUACAUGUACAUGUACAUUUAUAUGUGCUUUAUUAGGAGGUCUAUGGGUCCCAGUAAGGAGAAUGUUUCUGUUAACAUCCAGGAAUAAAGGUUAUUUAAAUUCCCGAAAACAACAUUGCCAUGGCCGCAGCCAGAAAAAAAACCUGUUGCUGAGGCAGUGUCAAGUUGGCCACAAGUCAGGAAAUAAAGAUAGACAAGCAAAGUCGGUGAACUUGUGAAAUUUUGAGUUUCUCCUUUUCGAAGUUCACUGAUAUGAAAGGUCUGAAGUUUCUCUCCAACAGUCUACAAAAGGCGUGGAUAUUACCAGGAAUCCUAUAAUCUCAGCAAGAACCAUAAUGUAACUGCGUAGUCUUGAAGACGAAGAAGAAUAAUAGGACGAGAAGCAGGAGGAGAUAGCGAAAGAAGAGAACGAGAUAGACAAAGUUUAUUUUACUUGCACAACACACUUAGCUAUGUAACGGCGCGUCCCAUAGACUUAGUAAGCAGAGUCUACAGGACGCACCAGCUAGUUUACAGGUGCGCCAAGAAAACAAUAUAACAAAGUAAAAAUUUACAUUUGGGAAUAAAUAUCAAACUUUGUUACAUA